AAGCGCGCAUGCGCGGACAUUGUUUCGAUUUUGACUGGAGUAGCAGCUGACUGGCGUGGCCGCCGUCAACAACAGUUUUCACACAAGUGCGCAAGUCAGCGCUACUGCUGUUCCCAAUCAUUCUUUUAGGACAGCAAGAUUUAGUUGUUUUGAUUUUCAGGUGCGGUCUGUUCCUCGUUUUUUUCGUGCCUGGUGUUAUGGAAAGCUGACAUUUGGGGGCGUGUAAGACUGCAGGCUAAUAUCUCACAUCGAGUUGUUUACGUGUAGCUAGUUAGCCAGUUAGCAAAUCUAACAUCCGACCCGAUAGCUCGUGUAAGGAUGAAAUGGAUAGUUUUGUUGUUUACUAUGGAUUAAUACGUUCGUUUGACAGGUUCCACAAUUCUCCACAUCAGAUGUGGUCGGUUCAAGCAAGUUAGAAACGCAAGCUGACGCAAGAUGGAGAAACCCCCAUUCAGACAGAAUCAGGUCUGUGGGUCAUGGCUUAUGAAGGAGAGGCUGGGGACAGGAGGAUUUGGCCAUGUCUACCUGUAUCAAAAUCAGGAAUCUUCAGAAAAAAUUGCUGUGAAGCUCUGUCGCCUUGAACUUAAUGCAAAAAACAAAGAUAGAUGGAGUCGGGAGAUCCAGAUUAUGAAAAAGCUGAAGCACCUUAAUGUGGUGACAGCAAAGGAUGUGCCUGAUGAGAUGAUGCACAUUGCCUUGAAUGAUUUACCACUUUUAGCCAUGGAAUACUGUUCCAAGGGAGACCUUCGAAAGUUAUUGAGCAAACCAGAAAAUUGCUGUGGGUUAAAAGAGAGUGAAGUGUUAGCACUACUCAAUGAUGUUGGUUCUGGAAUCCAGUACCUCCAUGAGAAUAAGAUCAUUCACAGAGAUCUCAAGCCAGAGAAUAUUGUGCUACAAGAUAUCAAUGGAAAGCUCGUCCACAAGAUAAUCGACCUUGGCUACGCCAAAGACCUGGACCAGGGGAGCCUAUGCACUUCAUUUGUGGGGACUUUACAAUAUCUGGCUCCAGAGCUGUUUGAAGGCAAGUCAUACACAGUCACUGUGGACUAUUGGAGCUUUGGCACCAUGAUCUUUGAGUGCUGCUGUGGAUUUCGGCCAUUUCUUCACAAUCUCCAGCCUGUGCAAUGGACAAGCAAAGUUCGAAACAAAGGUCCUAAGGACAUAAUGGCUGUGGAAGAUAUGAAUGGCGAGGUCCGCUUUUCCACUCACCUUCCGUACCCCAACAAUCUGAGCAGGACACUACUGGAGCCCUUGGAGGGGCUGCUACAGCUGAUGCUGAAGUGGGACCCAGUACAGAGGGGAGGAGGAUUGAAUCCAGACACAAAACAGCCCCAGUGCUUUGCUAUUCUAGAUCAAAUUCUGAACAUGAAGGUUGUGCACAUCUUAAACAUGACUACGACCCAGGUUCACUCCUUUCUGCUUGCUCCUGAUGAAGGGCUCCACCCUCUGCAACAGAGGAUUGAAACCGAGACCAAAAUCGAACUUUUGAAUCAAGAGCUUUUGCAGGAAACAGGAGUCACGUUAGAUCCUAGGAAACCUGCUGCACAGUGUGUGUUAGAUGGGGUAAGAGGAUGGGACAGCUACAUUGUAUAUCUGUUUGACAAGAGCCUGACCAAGUACUCGGGACCUCUAACGGCUAGAACACUUCCUGAAAGUGUGAACUUUAUUGUGCGGGAAACCAGAACUCAGCUCCCUCUGAGUACCCUUAAGAAGGUUUGGGGUGAGGCAGUUAGUUACAUUUGUGGCCUCCGAGAGGACUACAGCCGCCUCUUCCAGGGCCAACGUGCAGCCAUGUUGAGCCUUCUUCGCUACAACACCAACCUUACAAAAUUCAAAAACAUGAUGUUUUCAUUUUCCCAGCAGCUGAAAGCAAAGCUUGACUUUUUUAAAAGCAGCAUACAGUAUGACUUGGAGAAGUACAGUGAUCAGAUGCAGUAUGGCAUAUCUUCCGAAAAGAUGUUGAAGGCUUGGCAGGACAAUGAAGAGAAGGCUGCUGCGUUUGUACAGGUGGCAGAGAUUGGACAUCUAGAUGAGGAAAUAAUGGCUCUGCACUCAGAAAUUGUGGAGCUUCAGAGAAGUCCUUAUGCUCGUCGUCAAGGAGACGUCAUGGAGCAAUUGCAAGAGAGAGCAAUUGAACUCUACAGACAAUUGAAGGCAAAAUGCAAAAUGCCAGACCCUCAGCAUGGCUACAGUGACAGCUCUGAGAUGGUGAAGGUCAUUGUGCAGACUGUCCAGAAUCAGGACCGGGUACUAAGAGAUCUAUAUGCACAUCUGAGUAAAAUCCUUCUGAGUAAACAGAAGAUCAUCGACCUCUUCCCUAAAAUCGAGAGAAAGCUGGAUAGCAUUAAGGAGGCAGACAGCACUGUCAUGCAGAUGCAGAUCAAGAGACAGAGAGAGUUCUGGCACUUACUGAAGAUUGCCUGUGCACAAAACACCACACGAAGCUCUGUGAGUCAGAGUGGAGAGAUGCCCUCCUCACUGUCGACAUGGAACCAGACUCAAGCCCAGUGCUCCUCUCGUCUGCCCAUGUCCCUACAAGUGCCACAUGAGGGUGAUUCAGUCAAUCAUUUACUUGAGGAGAACCAGCGCUAUUUGAGUCAGCUGACCAGUUUACUGCAAGAAACCACUGAGGAGAAAUCAGAGAGCAUAAUGGCUCAAGACUGGAGCUGGACGAAAUAUGAAUCCCUGGUUGCUAAAUCACAGCGUUUGUAGAGUCAUGGUUUACUCUGUGACAGGAAGUAAUUGUAACAGUCAUUCUUUUAAAAAAAACAUUUACUCAUCAUCACUGGAUUGGGGUUGUGUUGACUUGUAUUAUUUGUUCAACAUAAAAUAACUUCUUUGUUCUUUGUCAGUAUCUGCAUUCAGUUAAAAUCACAUUUUGCAGUCCUGUAGCAACUCUAUAUAUUUUGAGAAUGCAUUUUUUAUUGACACAGAACCAACAACAUGCAAACAAAAUUCAGGCAGUCUAUCUCAGAAAAUUAAUUUAUUUACAUACUCCAUAGUUCUCUAAAUGGGCUGAUUGUACUUUCAUUUUAGGUGGUCGAGUUUUUUUUUUUUUUUUUUUUUUUUUUUUUUUUUUAUAAAUAUGGUUGUUCAGCAUCUGCACUUUAAAGCCUCACUGUGAAUGUUUGGAAAGGUGUGAUGUCCGGCAGUGAAAUUGGUCAUGUUCAGUUAAGUGAUUUUUUGAAAUACUAUGACUUGUGAAGCCCUAAGUAACUGUUUAAAACAGACAAAAUUAUAGGCAGAACAAUGAUGAGGAUGGGAAAGGUUUAAUUAUUUAGUCAUGGAACACAUGACUAAACACCCUCCUGUUUUAGUCAAAAAUAUGUGUUUGGUCAAACAUAUACCUAGCAGCACAGUCCUUUUUAUAUUUUGAAUUUAGCAGUGAUGAUGGCAACAGACAUCUACAUAACAGGUAUUGGUGGCUAAGAAUGAAUGUGAUCAUUCAUCAGUGGGCAAAUUUUAAUCAACGAGUUUCAUCAAUUCAGGCAUGUUAUUCCUCUUGUAAGUCACAUUUUCAACCAUGUUUUUGUUCAGAGAUGAUCAGCGUCCCACAAGACAGUUCAUCACAAACUAUUGUAUAAGAUUUUGCAUAUUAUUUUUGUUUUGUUUUGUUGGAUUAUUAUAUGAGGAUAUUUCAGAUAUGGGUUAAAAGCAUCUUAUGAAAGAACACUUCGGUUUUAACGUGUUUAUUGUAUACAUGACAAAGUAAUUAAAGUGAUAUCCAUUACGUUA